CAGAAAGCCAGCGAAAAACAAUAAGCGUUAUGUUGAUGAUCUUCUCGGUCGACGCGCGCCACCACGGUGUGGGGCCCGUCAAGUACGCUUGGGACCCCCGCGGCGACUAUGUGGCAUCGUCAGGAACCUCUCGUGUCGCUCAUAUCUUCGGCCGACGUGGAAAACUCGUAGACCAGAUCGUGCCACCGUCGCCGAGGUAAAUGAAAAUCUGCUCAAAUUAAACACAAUUAUUAUAUUUCUAAGUGUAAAAUUGUUUAUAGUAUGUGCACUCUGCUGGAGUGGAGUGAGAACGGAGACAUCCUGGCCAUCGUCCAGGCCAACUCGGCGUCGCUGGUACUAUGGGAGCCCAAGAAGACCCAGCAGCACCAGCUCGUGGACCUUCCCUGCAAGGACAUCAGCUUUAUCAAGUGGUCCAAGUCGCCACAUUCUCUACUGCUGGCCAUUGGUACCAAUCGAGGCCAAGUGUACAUCUACGACCACGCUAGGGGAACCAAGACGCAGGUGGCGAGCAAGCACAAACGUCGAAUUUUAUGUGGAGAUUGGAACCUUGAAGACAAAUUUGCAUUUGGAUCGGAGGACCGACAGAUCACGAUCUGUUUACCGUCGGGACGGAUUUUUGACCAGGUCAAGAUCAAGGCUUCACCGCAUAGCGUAACGUUUGGUGGUAAAACGGAGGAUAAAGAUGCAAUUUUAUCCGUGAACAUGGGUGGGAAGACGAUAUUACUGUACGAUCUGAACGAGAGGGAGAACGCUCUGGAGUUGGCAUUCCAGGCACGAUACGGCAACAUCGUGUCGUAUCAAUGGUUUGGCAACGGGUACAUUAUCGCGGGGUUCUCGUCUGGAUAUGUUGUGAUUAUUUCCACACAUUUAAACGAAAUUGGUCAAGAGCAAUACUGCGCUAAAUUUCACGAACACUCGCUACGAGAGAUAGUAUACAACGAGGCCAAUGGGACAGUGGCAACCUGUGGAGAUAACUGCAUUAAGGUGGUGCGUAUGAGCGACUGGAAGGAGAUCGCUGUAGAAUAUCUAGACAGCGAGCCACCAGCCUCUUCAGCGACUUCCGGAACUCCCCCGACGUCUUCAUCAAUGCUUGCGGAUCUCUCUGGACCAAGUAGCUCGGGUAGUGGCUCAAUGCAAGCUCCUUCCUUGACAUUUGAAGACCUACAGUGGACUCCUGACGGCCGCAUUUUGAGCGUUAGCUCGCACAAUGGCUGUCUGCACAACUUCAUGAUCCUCAGUUCGGCUCUGCGGUCUUCAUUGUUUGAUCUCGACUCGCCCUUUGCUGCUGUGCUGAAGCCCAUUGCGCCCUGGACGAUGCUCUUUACAAUGGGCUUUAUGGUCAUCGCUGUGCUGCUUGUGAUCAGCGUGCAAUUUGAAGUCUCGUGCUGGGAUGUUAUCCGCGCUAUGUCCGGAUUCGUGGAAGGAUUAUGAGUGAUUAGAAUUCGUCAUAUCAUAAAACGAUCAUAAUGUCAAAAGUGAUUUUUCAUAUG